GGCUUAGUAGAGAAAACAGGCAGGAGGAGCCGAACACGCAAUCGGCUAACCUCGUUAUUUCACCAAAUCGAUUAAACCAACGUAUAAUAAACAGAAAAUCCACAUAAACAACGUAUAUACCUUAUGUUUACGUCUUGGUUAUACAAUUGAACGAUGUCAACCCCAGCAAGACGGCGUCUCAUGAGAGAUUUUAAACGUCUCCAGGAGGAUCCUCCAGCAGGAGUUAGCGGAGCCCCGUCCGAAAACAACAUUAUGGUCUGGAACGCUGUCAUUUUUGGACCUGAAGGAACACCAUUUGAAGAUGGAACUUUUAAGCUCACAAUAGAAUUUACAGAAGAAUAUCCUAACAAACCUCCUACAGUUAGGUUCGUCUCCAAAAUGUUUCACCCUAAUGUUUAUGCAGAUGGUAGUAUAUGUUUGGACAUUCUUCAGAAUCGCUGGAGUCCAACAUAUGAUGUUUCUUCAAUUUUAACCUCAAUACAGUCGUUACUGGAUGAGCCGAAUCCAAACAGCCCUGCCAACAGCCAGGCAGCCCAGCUGUAUCAGGAAAACAAGAGAGAGUAUGAAAAACGUGUGUCUGCCAUUGUGGAACAGAGCUGGCGUGACUGUUGACCCUCCUCACAGGUUACAACGUAUGAACAAUAGUCAGCCUCAGCCAACCAGAGGAAAAACCACCUUGCAAAGAAUUAAAUAAAAACAUGUCAUAUUUUGAAUCAUUUUCCACUUACUCAGUAGAUUUGUCUGUUCUGUAGCUGUUGCAAGAUUAGAGUGCUGUUGUGUUGUGGUUUCUCUCUUCAUGCAAAAUCUUAUGUGAAAGGAUAAACAUUAAUUUAACAAAAUAUUGUUGCAAGGGUUACUUGCUUUUAUUUUGGCCUUCCCGUUUGUUUUUCAUCUCUUUUUUUUUUGGCUGUAUAGUUUCUCAGACAGUGUGAAAAAGUUAGGUAUUAACAUGUUGGUUAUGAGUUUCAGUAUGUUUGUUUGAGUCUUAUCUCUCCCAAGUAUUGUAAUAUAUACAUAAAUACAGAGUUACAGUAUAAACAGCAAGGACUUCAAAAUAUCAUUGCGUUGUCUUGUGUAUGGAUUCUUUCAAGAUUUAAAAAAGUGUAGAUUUUAUAUAACUGCACUUGAAAACUGAUAUUUAGAUUCAUACGUCAAUGCAAAGUAAUGUGGGUAUUGGCCUUAAAAAAGUGAUUUGUUAUGCUCUUUUAAUUUGUAAUUUUCAACAGCUCAUACUGCUAUGGACAUAUCUAUUGACACAACAUAUCUGUUGUCUAGUGUAUCACAAGUAAUUGUUUAAAAACCCAAGCCCGGGAUUCAGAGCAUUACAAAUUGGCACUGUUGACUGUUUUUGUGUAUUUACCGUUUUAUGUCUGUUGCACCCCAGUCGCGUGGUUUUCAAUAAAGUGCCGUUUAUUUUUUACAUUGCUUAUCCAAACACAUGGGCAUGAUGCUGUUUUGCGAUGUCCAUUUUAGCUAUUUUAUUUUUUCUUCUUUAUCACCAGAGUUUAAGAGUGUCAGAUUUGCACUAGUAACCCAUGUAAGAAACUGUACAUUUUCUCACUUCUUGUAAAUAAACUGUAAAAUUAAA